CGAAAGCAAUAGCACCGCAGAUGUGAUACGGCUUGUCGGUUACAAGUAUCGACUGCAAUCUUUGACUUGGAAAAAACUGGUAUCUGCUGCUGCUCACUGGUUUAGAGACCGUCCCCGUUGUUUCUAGCUCUCUUCUUUGACCAUCUUUAACAUGGACUCAGAAGCCCCAGCUUUCAUGCUUCCCAGUUUUCCAAUUUCUGGGUUCGGAGCAACGAGUUGGGGUGAUUCUUGGGACAUGAAGACCAAUGAAUCAACUGCAGAAAAUGGGUCAGCUCCAGUUGGGUUAAAUCUUGAGCUUGGACAUGGGUCUGAUCACAGCACAAAAUCGUGUGGCUUCACCGUUCUUCAGUUGCAGGAGUUGCAACUUCAAGCAUUUAUCUACAAGUACAUGGAAGCUGCGCUUCCGGUGCCUUAUCAUCUUCUUCUUCCUUUGUGGAAGAGUGUUGCUAGCUCUCUUGGCGGUCUCAAUGAUGUAGUCUCUUCAGGUCACACAAGCUUGUUGGGGUCUGGCCCCAUGCCUUGGGACUAUAGAAGUAGCAUGGAUCCCGACCCAGAGCCUGGCAGGUGUAGAAGAACAGAUGGGAAGAAAUGGAGGUGUAGCAAGGAAGCUGCUCCACAUAAAAAGUACUGCGAGAGGCAUAUGCAAAGAGGCCGUCAGCGUUCAAGAAAGAAUGUGGAACCGUCUGGACCAACUAAUACUAGUUCGUGGGAUGCUCAUAGCUCAAGCACCAACCUCUCUAUCUCCCUCUCUGUGAAUAGCAGUAGCAGCGGCAGCAGUACUCUCUCUCCAAUACUGGGUUUCUCCUCCCACGAGGGUUCUUCAUGGAUGUAGCUAGGUACUCAGAGAAUGGUGCUUUGCAAGUGAAGGGAAGUGCAGCUUUCUGGGUAUUAAUUGUUACAUAAAUUAGUUCGGGGGUUACGGGCUUUGUCUGCCUUUGAACAAGAGCGGUAGUAGUACCAAUUUUGUCAUAGGCGUUGGACCGAUCAACUUGAGCUUUGGAACAAGACAAGUUUGAUUGUUCUUAAAUGUUUAGGUUUUGUUUCAUGUAGUCCGCCCAAAUGUUUAUCAAGAAUAAUAUUUUGUCAAAAAUAAUUCUCACCGCUUA